GCCACAAAAACCCUAUAAAAAAAAAUUCAAAAACCCCUGUUUCUUAUCCAUUACCUGUUCUUCUUCAUCCUCUGUAACCGCCCUUCAAGAACCUCCAACGGGAGUCACAGGAUACUUCAAUGGACACAAGCUCUGUUCUAAUGUCUACACCAUCAUCAUGCUCAUAUAUGUCUUUUUCAUCAUGUUCUAAACCUAAAUUUACUCCCAAUUCAUCUCAUUCUUCCUCUUUUAUUUGUUAUCCAUUUUGGAAAUGCCUGCGGUGGAAUUUCCUCCCGCCAACGACUACCGUGAUCUUCUCUGUACCUAAAUCAUCACUCUUUCGCACCUCGGCGCUUGCGGUUGGGGAAAUCUUGGAGAAGUCUACGUUGGAGGACUCUGUUUCGUCGUUGCCUAAAGAGCCUAUGCCGAAAAUCGAUAAAAGUGGGAGGUUUUGUAGUCCUAGAGCCGCCAGAGAGCUUGCACUGUCAAUCAUAUAUGCUGCUUGUCUAGAAGGAUCCGACCCCGUACGGCUGUUUGACAGGCGAAUCAAUGCCAGAAGAGAAAUAGGGUAUGAGUUCGAUAAAGAGGCAUUGAUGGAAUACAAUCAUAUGAGCUUUGGAGGACCCCCUGUCAAAACCGAAACAACUGAAGAAGCUGAUGAGCUUCUGCGAGUAGAUGAGAAGGCCUCCGAAGUUGAGGCGGAAGUCCUUUCAGCCCCUCCAAAGUUGGUGUACAGUAAAUUAAUCUUGCGCUUCACAAGGAAAUUAUUGGUGGCGGUAGCAGAGAAGUGGGAUGGCCAUGUUUUGGUCAUCGAUAAAGUUGCUCCACAAAAUUGGAAGAAUGAACCAGCAGGCAGAAUCUUGGAGCUUUCUAUUCUUCACUUGGCAAUGUCUGAAAUUGACGUGCUAGGAACACGUUAUCAAAUUGUGAUUAAUGAGGCAGUAGAUCUUGCAAAACGGUUUUGUGAUGGAUCAGCACCCAGAAUAGUGAAUGGCUGCCUGAGGACAUUCAUUAAGGACCUCAAAGGAAAUAGCAAUAGUGUGGUACUGCCACCUGCACCUGAUCUUGAAACCGAAAAAGAAAUCACCUCAACCGACUCGUAAAUUUAUGUUUUCUGAAUAUGCGACCCCCACCUUCCUCUUCGGACUUGGUGAGUACGAGAAGAUAGAGACUCAAGAAGUAUGCUUCACUGAAUUCAUGCAAAGAUGCAGGAUUUUGUGCACUUGUUGGCAGGUGUUGCCUGGAAUACCAAGAGAACACCCCCUUUAUUGUGCAUCUAAGAGGGUGUGAUGGAUCUACUACUACAUUUGCAUGGUUAUUGAAGUUGACAUUUAUUUGACAACAUAAUCGUGUAUAAAUCAUGUAUUAUUAUUGUCUUUUUAGAAUUGAACAUUCCGUUGUUAAAAAAUAACUUGCAUUUGGCUUGUAUUAAGAUGUAUAAUUCAUGUUGUUGUAUACGGUUUUGUUUCUCU